AUGGGGGCCGCUGCAGGCACACCAGAGCGGGCAUCAUCACCUCUGAAAAGAAGAGCAUCAAGCAUGGAUCCGGAGGCUAGCGCAGACACAAUUGAGGACGUCGAUAUGAUCUCAGCUGCCACCCCCGCGCCAUCUGGCGCCGAGGCCAACAACGCCGAGGAGCCAGGGAGUAAAAAAGCGGUCCCUUCUAUUAUCAUGACUGAAAGUGUAUGUGCGACGCCCCCGCUUCCGGACUCUAUAUCGUCUUUGGAGUCUCACAUCAAGUCGAUCAUAACCUUAUGUGAAGAAAUGGCAGUCAGGCCAUUGGAGGAUGGGGAGAUGGCAUUUCUUGUCUCGAGGAAGUGGGUUCAGUCAGUUAUUGGCGACAGCAGAGAUCCCAAGGCUAGGAUGGCACCGCCGGAAUCAAAGUCUAUUGACCCGGUCGACAACUCGGACAUCAUUUGGGAAGUCAUCGAUGACCCUACGGUUGGAAGCACUCCGGAUUCCCUCAAGAAGAAGUUCGUCCGGCUGAAGCCCGGAAUGGAUACUGAGCACUUUGGCGUCUUCCCGCCUGCUGCGUGGGACCUUCUGAUGGAAUGGCCUGGCCUUAUGCCCGGCCAAUGGCCCAUUGUCAGAUAUGCUCAUAAAACCAGCGACAAUGAGUUCGAUUCAAACGUAGUUUUGGAAUUUCAUCCCCUGGUCCUCACGAUACACCGGCUGUGGUCUGCCAACAGCCCGAUACCCAUUUCACAAAUCCUGAAGACCAAGAACCCCCCACCGAUAAGACUGGCCAGAAGCCGUACCACGCUCUACAAGUCUUUUCUCUCCCAGGCUAAAAAAAGUACGGAUAUUGGCCUUAAGGAUAAAGUCCGUGUAUGGAGAAUUCCGCGAAAGCUGCCAGCAGCUGCCCCUGCUGCUGGUGCGGCGCCCACUCCUCCUGCCUCGCCUCAGCAACCCUUUGACCCAAUCAACCCUCAAGACUCGUGGCAGAACCUGCUGUUAGAUGUUGAUUCAUUCCUCGCCCUGGAGAAGGACGUCGACAGAGUCAAAAUCGACUUCCGAGAUGUCACAAUUGAUAUCAACUACAACGGUCAUGUCACAAUGGAAUUUGUAACCAUAACGACCGACGAGUCGAUCGUGCUUGAUGAGGCCAUUGAAGGAAACACGUAUGUGUCGAACUACUCUCCGUCCAAAGCCUCGGAGAAGACAUCAACAGUGCGCAGCAGCUCUACCAGCUUCGCGGUUACUCGCAACACCAGAAGUGGCCGCACUAGUCCUGCCCCCUCGGCCCCAUUGAGUCGUGGCCGGGCUCAAAAGAAGUCUGGCAGGCAAAUAGGAUGCGUGGGGCUUGGCAACUUGGGCAACACAUGCUACAUGAAUGCUGCUCUACAAUGUGUGCGCAGUGUGGAAGAGCUGACCAAAUACUUCCUGUCUAACGAGUGGGAGAGUGAGAUCAAUCGCGACAACGUGCUGGCACAUAACGGUGACGUCGCAGCAGCGUAUGCGAAUCUUCUCCAAGAAAUCUACAAGGAUAGCCCACAGGCGUCCGUUACACCCAAACACUUCAAGGGCGUUAUUGGUAAAUAUGCUCCAGCUUUCUCAGGUUGGGGUCAACAGGAUUCUCAGGAGUUUCUCGGUUUCCUGCUCGACGGCUUGCAGGAGGAUCUCAGCCGGAUCAAAAAGAAGCCAUACAUUGAGAAGCCCGACUCGACUGACGAGAUGAUAAACAACCCCGCUGCGAUCCGUGAAAUGGCUGAAAAGGUCUGGGACAUCACCAAGAAGCGAGACGAUUCGGUUAUUGCAGAUCUUUUCACGGGUCUUUACAAGUCGACGCUGGUUUGCCCUGACCCCAACUGCGCGAAAGUUAGCAUUACCUUCGAUCCUUUCAACAAUCUUACCCUGCCCCUUCCAAUUGAAAGCAAGUGGUCACAUACUGUCAAGUUCUUCCCACUCAACGACAAGCCCGUCGACAUCCGAGUGGAGCUGGACAAAUCAUCAUCGAUCAAAAUGCUGAAAGAGUUCGUCAGCAGUCGGACUGGUGUCCCGGCCGAACGAUUGCACGGUGCCGAGGAGUGGAAGAGCAAGUUUUACAAACAGUACAGCAAUGGCGCUUGCACUUCUGAAGAAAUUCAGACAAAUGACAACGCUUGGAUAUACGAGCUGGAAGCAGUUCCAACGAACUGGAACACUGCCGAAUCUAGGAAACUUGAGAACUCCCAGAAUAAGAGUCGUGUUCGCUCAAUGAUAGAUGAGGCUGAAUCCCCAGGCGCCGAGGUCUUCAGUAAGGUUCUGGUACCUGUCAUUCACCGUAGACCUGCAUCCGGCAGGUUCACUCACAGCCGCUGGUCGUUCGCAUGUCUUCCUCAUUUUAUCGUAGUGGACCCCGAGGAGGCACAAAGCGAGGAUGUCAUCCGCCGCAAGAUCUUGCAGAAGAUUGCAACAUUCUCAAAACAUGAGAUUUUCCGUCGACGAGAAGACUCGGACGCGUCUGAUACCACUGAACCUGAAGUGCUUGGGUCUGAGUCCAGUUCCUCUAAUGAUAGCAAGGUCAUUGCCCAUUCCGUCAAAAGUGAAGAUGACAUCGUCGAUGUGUCCAUGAGAGACGUCGCUGACAGGAACACAACCGCUCAAGAUAGUCGGCCAAAAUCAAGACAACCUGCCAAGUACAACUUCAAUAAGGUUGCGCCUGCUUGGGUCGACCCCGACGUGUUUUUACCUUCCGAAUUGCAGAACAUGUUUCAGCUCGGCUUCUUCACCGAAUCCGGGUCCUUGCUCGCGACUGGUAUGAACACUGUGCAGGAAAACGGUGAGUUCCAUAAGCUUUCUUCUAGGAUUGUGGAACCCACCGGUUCGGACGACACCCGGGACAGCGCAACCAUUGAUACGAGCUCCAAUGAAGAGAGCAGCUCGGACGAGCUUCCUCACGGACGCAGCCCCGAGGUCUCGGCCACGCGAAUGUUGGAAGAAAGCGAUGAAGAUAACGCCCCAAUUCCACACCGACCCAAGCAAAAGUCGGGUGCUAAGGGGCCAGGCGGUCGUAAGAAGAUGAAGGCUGGCAAAAAGUACGGGAAGAAAGGAGCUAAGCGCUUCGAGAGACAGAACAAGAAGCAGCAGCAACAGCAACAAGACUUCAUGGAUCCUGACCCGGCUACGAUGGAGCAGCCUGUGGCCGAUGGCGGCCCGCUCAUCCGCCUCAGUGAAGGUAUUGUCGUCGACUGGAAUGACGAUGCUUACGUGCAGCUUUUCGGUGAAUCGCACGCGACGUGGGAUGAUUGUGAUACCCUCCCUGACCGAGAGCUUGAGAUGGCGGUAAAGACCCGAAGCCAGCGUCGUAAGACGGGGAUCGCACUAGAUGACUGUCUGGAUGAGUUUGAGCGGGAGGAAGUCUUGUCGGAGCAGGACACUUGGUACUGCCCACGCUGCAAGCAACAUCAGCGUGCCACGAAGAAGUUUGAUCUGUGGAAGACACCUGACAUUCUUGUGGUCCACCUCAAGAGAUUUAGCUCGAGCGGCUAUAGAAGAGACAAGCUUGAAGUGCUGGUCAACUUCCCUCUUGAAGGUCUGGAUCUCACUCGUCGCGUGCUUAACAAGGAAGACGGAAAGGAGGAGGUAUACGACCUGAUCGGAGUGGACUGUCAUUGGGGUGGACUGGGAGGUGGUCAUUACACCGCACAUGCAAAGAACUUUGUCGACCACCAGUGGUAUUCAUACAAUGAUUCUUCGGUGUCAAGGACCUCACCGGAGAGGAUAGUAGACUCUUCUGCGUAUCUCCUGUUCUACCGUAGACGUUCCGACCAAGCACUUGGGGGACCCCGCUUCAAGGAGAUCCUUGAUGCAUAUGACAACGCUGGUUCAGACGACGAGAAUGCCGGGGCGGGGGAAGGCCGGCGUCUCGGCGAGGGCUCCUCCCAAAAUGGGUCGCCGAGCGCCUUCCAGGGGCCAGAAGCAGGUCGUACUCACCUGCACCAACCCGCAAUUCAUGGUGGUAGUAAACUGUCACGCUCGGAGAAUGCUUACGAGACUCAAAGCGAUGACGGUCUUGCUCGAUUGACCGAUAUGACAUUUGACGACGGUCAAUCAAUCCAGCGGAGCACUGAAGACGAGGGAAUCGACAUGCCAGACCUACCAAGCCGCACGCCCCUUGAGCAGACUUGGAGUUUCAAGCAUCUAAACCCCGAUAACGCGUCUUCGGCUCAAGAUAUGCCUGAUAGUCCUCUUGCUUCGGAUGUUGCGACAGAUGAAGCACAACACGACUCUUCAGGUGACGAGCAACUACUCAGUCCCCACAACAACUAUGAACCAGACACUGAGAUGGAGGGCCAGUACGAGUUAGGCCCAGCACCCGAGGGUGAACUGCCUGCUUACGAGGAGCCCCCCCCGCCAGCCUUCGAGAACGUGACCAGAGAUGAUAUCAAAGCAAUGUGGAACCAACCGGAAGCAGUGGUCACUGUUCCAGCGCAUGGUGAAGACCAAGGGUCUGAGGAAGCCGCUGAGAUCCACCUUGACGAUGAGGAUCUCAAGAACUAG